AUGCCGAAGUUCAAUCCACCUGAGUGUUUCGCCUUUACCAGGCCAAAUGAAUGGCCGGAAUGGAAACAACGAUUCACGAGGUUUCAGAUCGCCACGAAGCUGACUGACGAGGAUGAACAAAUACAGAUAAGUUCAUUGAUAUACGCCAUGGGACCAGAGGCAGAAGGAAUAUUCAAGUCUUUCGCACUCGCUAAUGGUGACGAGAAGAAAUUCAAGAAGGUACUUGAAAGUUUCGACAAGUAUUUCGUUCCUAAGAAAAACGUGAUUCAUGAGCGCGCCAAAUUCCACAUCCGGAGCCAGCGCCAGGGAGAGUCAGUUGAGGAAUUCGUCAGAAGUUUACACGAGUUGGCGGCACACUGUGAUUUUAGAGACAAGAGCGACCAAAUCCGAGACAGGUUAGUCGUGGGCAUUAUCGACAAGGAACUUAGCGAGAAACUACAGCUUGAAUCUGAACUUACACUCACAAAAGCCGUCGAGAUGGCACGUAAUUCAGAGUUAGUGAAACAUCAGAUUAAAGAUUUACAAUCUAAGAACUUAGAUGCAGUGAGAUUUAGGCAGCAGAAUGGACAACAAUCUAAACACAAUUACAGCAGACAGCCUAAAGCUAACGAAAGAGUUUACAAUAACUGUGACAAGUGUAAUAUGAAACACAAUCCUGGAAACUGUCCGGCAUCAGGGAAGAAAUGUCUAAAGUGCGGGAAAAAGGGACACUUUAAGAUAGUUUGUCGAAGUAAACCGAAACACCUAGAGGAAGUUCAAGGUGCAUGUUCAUCACCAGAUUCAUUCUACAUGGGUUCUAUUGACCUGAGCGAUUCAGACAAUACAGACGCAUGGACAGUAAAGCUGAAGGUGUGUCGGAAGUACAUUACAUUCAAGAUCGACACUGGUGCUGACACAUCCGUGAUAACCGAAGCGAAGUACAAUUCAUUGCCAGUAAAGCCCAAACUACAGGCUUCGACAAAUCAGCUGUACAGCCCAGGAGGAUCAGUGGAGUGUAAAGGGAUGUUUGUUGCUAAGACUUUUCACAAGAACAAUGAGUUUCAUUUUCGAGUGUACGUGCUUAAGAACUCUAACAGUGGUUCUAAUUUGCUCAGUCGAAGUGUCGCACACCGUAUGGGACUCGUUAUGAAAAUCGAGGAAAUUCGGGAUGUGUUUGGUACACAUGGAUGCGUUAAGGGCCCACCCGUCAAGAUAACACUCAAGCCAGGAGCCACACCAUAUUGCGUUACGACAGCUCGCAGGAUUCCAUUUCCAUUGAUGCCGAAGGUCGAGGCCGAACUAAACCGCAUGGAAAACGCUGGAAUCAUUGCGAAAGUCACAGAACCGACAGAUUGGUGUGCACCCAUCGUGACAGCAUUCAAGAAAAACGGGGAUGUUCGCUUGUGUGUGGACCUUAAGAAACUAAACCAGGCAGUCAAACGUGAACAUUAUAUGUUACCCAACUUGGACGACAUUGCCCCAAAGCUGUGCAAGGCUACUGUCUUUUCGAAACUUGAUGCUAGUAGUGGGUUUCACCAGAUACCUCUAGAUCCAGAGAGUUGUCACCUUACUACCUUCAUAACUCCGUUUGGACGGUACUGCUUUCAGCGGGUUCCAUUUGGUAUUACGUCAGCCCCUGAAAUAUUUCAGCGUCGUAUGUCGGAGAUAUUAGCAGAUAUUGAAGGAACGGAUGCCAUAAUGGACGAUAUCAUCAUAUAUGGGAGUACGGUGGAGGAGCAUGACGAGCGUCUGGACCGCGUGCUGGACCGUAUCAAGGAAGUUGGUCUUAAACUCAAUAAGAAGAAAUGCGAGUUCAGGAAACAGAGCAUUGAAUAUUUUGGACACAUGAUUAGUUCAAAUGGUAUCAGUCCAUGUCAAGAACGUGUGCGUGCAAUACGUGAGUUGGCUGCACCAACAAAUGUGACUGAACUUAAGAGAAUUCUUGGAAUGGUGAAUUAUCUUGGUCGAUUUUUACCAAACCUUUCUACGGUUAUGCACCCCCUUACUGAUCUUUUGAAGAGUGACUCAGUAUGGAUAUGGGACAACCCCCAGGAAGAGGCCUUCAAAAAAGUGAAGGAUAUGCUAACAGAAACACCUGCAUUAGCCUUCUACAAUUCUUCAAAGCCAGUUGUGAUUAGUGCAGAUGCCAGCAGUUAUGGCCUAGGAGCCGCUAUAUUUCAGCAGUUUGAUGGUCAACUUAAACCUAUUGCGUUUGCAUCGAGGACACUGUCACCGGCAGAAACCAAAUAUGCACAAAUCGAGAAGGAGUGUUUAGCAUCUGUAUGGGCCUGUGAGAAGUUCGAGCGCUACAUCAUUGGACUCGACUCAUUCAAGCUCAUCACUGACCACAAACCUCUCGUCCCGCUCAUUAACACUCAAGCUCUAGAUAGGACACCUGUGAGAUGUCAGAGACUUUUGAUGCGUUUACGCCGAUUUAAUCCAAUAGCAGAACAUGUGCCAGGGAAAAAUCUCGUGGUUCCCGACACUCUUUCCAGGAGCCCGCUAACUGGAAACACUGAGGAUACAGAGGAGGAAGUCAAUCUCUAUGUAGACUGUGUCGUAGAGAAUCUUCCCAUAUCAGAUCAACGACUAGAGCGCAUUCGAUUAGCUACAGCAGAUGAUCCAGAGUUGUCUGAAGUUUUGAAGAAGACUCAGAACUGGUGGCCAGACCAUGAGAGAUCACUGAAAGCAGAAAUCCGACCAUACUUUUCCGCAAGAUCCGAACUGUCUGUCUGGAAUGGAAUUCUAAUGUACAGAGACCGAAUUGUUAUUCCGGAGGCUCUUAGACCAGAAACAUUGCAAGACAUACAUUCAGGACACUUAGGUCUGAACAAGUGCCGUGAACGCGCACGAGGAGCUGUAUGGUGGCCAGGAAUAUCAACCGAUAUAGAGCGUACCGUAAAGUCCUGCGAAUUCUGUCUUGUUCAUCAACCAAAACAGAACCGAGAACCGUUGAAGACUACAGUCCUUCCAGAUCGUCCGUGGCAAAAGAUAGCUGCAGAUCUGUGUGAGCUGCAGGGCAAACAUUUCCUAGUAGUUACAGAUUAUUUUUCUCGUUACCUGGAAAUUGCGUAUCUGGAUUCGUUGACUAGUGCUCACGUAAUUGGAAAACUCAAGAACAUAUUGGCUCGUUGGGGUAUUCCAGAGGAAUUGGUAACCGACAACGGCACCCAGUUUACAUCAGACUCUUUCAAGAAGUUCGCAGCUAAGUACGGAUUCGCGCAUACAACCACCAGUCCUCACUACCCGCAAGCAAACGGCGAGGCCGAGAGUGCUGUUAAGACUGCGAAGCGUAUACUACAGCAGGAUGACAUCUUUGUUGCGCUUAUGGCGUACCGUUCAACACCCAUCUCAACCACAGGAGUCAGUCCAGCCGAACUCAUCAUGGGACGUAGGAUUCGAACCGUUGUUCCAGUCAAACCGUCUUCACUAGCACCAAAGUGGCCAGACUUGGACCAAGUGAGGAGACAGGACGCACGAACGAAGGAAACUUCAAAAUAUCAUUAUGACAAUCGAUUUGGGGUUAGGAAACUCCACCCGCUUGGACCCGGAGACCGAGUUCGCAUCAAGACCGACAAAGAGAAACAGUGGACAGAUAGUGGCACAAUCACUAGCGCAAAUUACAAAAUUCGAUCAUACCUAGUGGAAACCGAUCAUGGAACAUUGAGGAGAAAUCGGAGGCACUUGCAGCAUACUGGAUACGUGAACACCGAAUUGCCACAUACCAUAAAUGUGCCGUAUCCGUUAACCGACAGUAAACCAAGUGUUUCGUCUGACGUUGAGCCACCCUCUGAGCCGCCUAGCCAGGAAGUUACAUCUCCUUCCGUAAAGUCCAAAACCGUAACUCGUUCAGGACGCGUCGUUCACAAACCAAUAAGAUUCAAAGACUACGAAUGA